GGGGAGCCUGUUUUACCGGAAGCCACAUUUGUCACUUCCAUGCGUAACUUGAUGCAUCUUUACAUGACAACGUUGAGAGGCUGGUCCCCGCGUCACACACUGGUCACACACACCGUCACCUGAAUGUGUGUGUAUUUUACUGCAUGAGCGGCUACGCACUUGGACGCAAACACAUCCAGAGACAUAACACAUCCAGAGACACGAUGUGACACUCCGCCGCGCCUAAUUUACGCAUUUGGAGAGCGGUGCGCACUGUACACGCGCCGUUGCACCGCGGUGAUCCGGCUGUUUUGGGGACGCCUGAUGCUGCUGGGGUGAGAGUCCAGGGAUGCUGCGGCUCGUCUGGCUGCCGGAGUGCCGCCGCGCAACGUGGGGCUGCGCCCUCCGGAGCUGCUGAACGGCGGAGGCUCGGAUCGUUUUUGCUGCGAACAUGAUUUGACUCAUCAACAAGGGAAUCUCCCGCUAUGCAUCACUCAGGGGACGUCUGAGCGUCUCCUGCGGUGGUAUCGCUCGCUGCUGGUGGGAGUGCGUGGUCUUCCUCUCUCCCAGGCUGCAAGAUGGGGAAUAGUUUCUCUAAUUUGGCUGCAUUCCAGUCCCUGCACAUAGUCAUGCUGGGGCUGGACUCCGCAGGUAAAACCACCGUGCUGUACCGGCUGAAAUUCAACGAGUUCGUCAACACGGUGCCAACCAUCGGCUUCAACACGGAGAGGAUCCGGCUGGGGGGCGCGGGGGCCUCCAGGGGCAUCAGCUGCCACUUCUGGGACGUCGGGGGCCAGGAGAAGCUGCGGCCCCUGUGGAAGCCCUACAGCCGCUGCACGGACGGCAUCGUGUACGUGGUGGACUCCGUGGACGCCGAGAGGCUGGAGGAGGCCCGGACUGAGCUGCACAAGAUCACCCGGUUCUCGGAGAACCAGGGGACCCCGCUGCUGGUCAUCGCCAACAAGCAGGACCUGCCCCGGGCGCUGGAUGUCGGGGAGAUCGAGAGGCAGCUGGCCCUGGGCGAGCUGAGUCCCUCCACCCCGUACCACGUCCAGCCGGCCUGCGCCAUCAUAGGAGAGGGUCUGGACGAGGGCAUGGACAAACUGUAUGAGAUGAUAGUGAAGAGGAGGAAGUCACUGAAGCAGAAGAAGAAGAGGCAGUGAUGACACUAAUGGAUGAUUGAUUGGGUGGCAAAAAAAUACCAGAAUAAUCUUUACUAUAGAAAUAUUCUAGGAUGGAUUCAAAUGAUAUUUUUAAAGUGAUAGAAUACGUAGCAGAUAAAAAAAAACACCAUGAAGCAUAAAUAUCAUUGUUAUGACUUGCAGAAACAUUGCAAGUCUCCAUUGAUGAUGGCAAUAUAUAUAUAUAUACAGUGAUGCCACACGCAGUAUAAAGUCAUCCACAUCCAUCCAUAUGCUCCUGUAGGAACGUUAGAGAGGGAAACAGCUCAGAUAAAAUGCCUGAUUUCUUUGACUUUAUUUGCAAUAAGAAAGCAGAUGAUCCUGUGAUGAAAACUCUCAAAAAUAAUCAGAACAAAUCUAUGGGAAAAUAGUGAUGUUUGCCUUGAUUGACGACUGUUUGGAGCUCCUGUAGAGGGAGGUGGUGUCUCUAUGAACUGUGGUAAGUCCCUGACGUGGGGGAUAUUAAUAUGAUUGCUUCAUUAGGGGGGGCCUGCAUUAGAGCAGAGAUGUACACAGAGUGCAGACCUACUGGCAGGGCUCCCUGUUGCUGGUGUGAGCCACGCACAGAUGUGUUGUAAAUGGGAUUAGGGAUGCACUGGUGCACAGGCUGGUGUUCAGAGCCGUGGGAUGGUGUUACGCCGAAGACGACUCCCCUGGGAAGACACACAGACUGCUCUGUCUCCUCCGUCCUCCAGGGUUUGGUAGUUUACUGCCCCUCCCUGCCACUUUGAGGUGAAAAUAUAAAUCCAGAAGUGAACGAAUAAGACUGGCCGUAAAUCUUCAUUAUGAUUCCAGAGGUUUCUGUGAUAUGUUGACACGAGUUUAUAUAUAUGACACCAAUUAUCUCUUUGCGGAAAGCAAGCUGUUUUUGAAAGUGAUUAGCAAAAUGGCAGUGUUUGAAUCUUACCCUGUGACCGAUCCCCUGACUUUGCAGGCUGUGUGUCUUAUCCCAGAGAGGCCCUCUUUGACCCCCCCCCCCCCCCCCCCCCUCCUUGAGCUCUUCAGCUCUGUGAACAGCUGAUUCUGACUUUACACAACACAGCAGAUGUCUGCCUCGGACUAUCUUAACCAUUUCGUCCCUGCUUCCUCUGAUUCUUUGCACUCGUCUCAUGGUUCUCCUCCUGAUUUACAGUGAGAUUGUUCGACUGUUCGUGUGGCGAUGCUGCUUCUCUUCCAUGAAAAAUAAGCAGUUGCCAUUUGUUACUUUCCAGUGGGGUAUAUCUGCUACAGAAAGUCCUACAAAUAAUCUCAGACGGCACCAAUUUGAUGUCAAAGAGUUGCACAUAAACCACUUUCAUGGCCAGAACCAAGAUAACAUGUGAACAAUACCUUGUCUUGUUUUAUAGAACAGGUUCUUUAGUUUAAAGAGUAAAUCUAAUUGUAGCGUGAAUGUUCAAGUUGAGGCUGUAACUACUUUUUAUUUAAAAUAAGGGGAAGUCCCUACGCUCUUCUGACCAGUUGAUCAUUAAGAUUAACGAUUAAUCGACUGAUUGUUUCAGUCCCAGUUUCGUCUCCCUUUUCCCCCACGUGUCGGAUUUCACUGUUUAUGUCCUCCGCCAUCUCAAAAGGUUCAUAGUUUUUUUCCUGCUGACAAAAAUAACACACUUCAUAGUCGUCAGCGUAAAAGGAAAAUAUUUCAAAUAUAUAUUCAGAUGAAAUGAAAAGGUCAGAAUUUUAAUUGUGAAUCAGCUGUUUGUCAGAGUUGUCGAGAACGUGUUGUGCGCGCACCCCCGCACUGUUUUGAUCUGCUGGCGGUGACAUGACGGCCACCAGGGGGGAAACUGUCUUCCAGUAAUGACGACGUAGAGAAACCAACCAACAGGCUGGAACCUGUUCAGCUGCUUCUACACAAUGACCGUUUCUCUUAUUGGACGAAACCUUAUCCUCAACUUGUCCUCCAGUUAAAUGAGGAACCGAAACCUAGUGUAUGUACGUGGGGUUCAAAUUUAUUUCUGACCACAGCAGUGUUAGCAUCAGGCCGUACCUAAUUUAAGUAAGUGUUUAAGGCGUAAGUGACUGCUCGCAGAAUAGUUUGUAUGAAGUCACUGACAUCAGCAGUAGUUGUCUGUAGUCUUAAGGAUUGUUGAAUGUCAAACAAAACAUAAAACAAGACAAAUGCUGCAGCUUCAUGUCCACAAAUCAUACAACAAAUAAUUCUAAGCCACACACUGCAGCAUGUUGCUCGAUUUUCACGCAGAUGAUUCGUGUAUUGCUGAACUUCCGAACAUCGUACCUAUACCUGCCACCAGGGGGCGGUCAAGAAUGGGUUUUCUUUGCAGUCACUAUGUAAUGUUUGCGGCACAAAUGCGACAUGGACGUGGCAAACCCGUCUCCUGUGAUCAGUCGAGCUGUGAUCCGACAUUGCAUGACAGCAUCAAUUUCAGACAAUGUAAAUUAUACAGUGUAGUGUUACAGCCAAGAUACAGCAAGACCAAACAAUGUGUUACAUGCCAAAAGGGGGAGAGAAAAAAAGUAUUUUUGGGAUUAAACUCUUUGUAAUUGA